AUGUAUGCCGUGUCGAGUACGGUAGCCAACCCCUACUCUCACUAUUCGAGUAACCAGUGGCCUGGAGCAGUGGUACGGCCCAGCAACGCCUGGGCGACCCAGACCCAGACAUUCGUGUUCAAUGACAGGGGGGUUCAUGAGCUGCAGCACUGCAGUCCUGAAAGCAGCGGCAGCAGGGGUGGGGGUAGUGGAUGGCGAUACACUUCGAGCUCCGAUGUUAAGCUUUCAACGGCAUUGACCGACGUGCGCUACCCGGUCUACGAGCCCACCUCCAAUUGCGUGCUGUUCGUGAAGGGGCACGCGGUGUGCUCACUGGACAGCAACAACGUGGUGGAUGUGGUCGCCGGCAACAUGUACACGCAGCAGGAGACCGUUUGCAGUGGUGAUGGGUACCGGGGGGAGGCACGGUUUUCGGCCAUCACCGCCCUGGCACCCGACGGCAAGGGCAGUGUGUACGUCGCGGAAGCCCAGCGCAUCCGCAAAGUGGACAUCCUAAGUGGCCAGGUGACAACCCUGACCGGCUCCACACCGCCAACCGGCUCGUGGACUGGGCUGUCAUGUGAUGAUGAUGCCGAUGUGCUAUUUGCCACGACGGCCAGUGCGAUCUGCCGCAUUGAUGUAAUCACCUUGACUACAACUGCUGCCUCGGCGCAUGUGUCUGAUGCCAACGGAGGAGAGUGCACCACCCCAAUGGACACAGCUGCCGGUGAGCUUGAAGCGAAGGUGAACCUUGUAGCUGGCGACUGGCAGGCGACCGGCAACACGGAUGGUCCCGGAACUAAAGCACGCUUUACCCGCAUCACUGCCAUCCUGGCUGGUGUACAUCAGCAGCUGUACAUACUAGAUCAUGACAAGUUCCGCAUCAUGAGUGCUAGUGGCUACAUCAGUACGGCACUUCCCGGGCUCCCAACAGACCACUGCUCUAUUGCUGCCUUGCCCAGUGGCGAGCUGGCUCUCUGUACUAAGUACUCCAGCCUAAGGAUUAUCCGAGGGCCCCAGCUGGGGCCCAGCAGCCCCACGUCAGGCGGCAUCAAGGCUAGCCACUCCGCGCCUAGGCAAAGGCCGUCUGCUGCCCUCUCCAAGCUGCACCGGACACUCCUGCUGUGUGCAGCAGGGGCGGAUGUAAACCCAGCCACCGUCAAUAUUCACACGCGCGAUGGCACUGUCUUCGUGGCACAUCGUUCGGCCCUUGUGAGUCACAGUCAGUACUUCGAGAAGCUGCUGGUGCCGGGAGGCGGCUUCGCAGACAGUGGUGCUGAGGAUGUUAAGUUGCCUGAUGCCGACCCGGCUGCAUUCCAGUGGCUGCUGGCCUACAUGUACACGGGGGAGCUGUACAUGCCAGAUGAGCUGCUGCGGCCUGCCGUACUUCUCGCGGAUCGGCUUUUGAUGCCACAAGAUUGUGUGGGGCAGCUGCAGAAGUGGCUGCUGGCGAAGGUGACCCCCCAGUCGGUGCUUUCGGAUCUUGUCUGGGCGGAGCAGCACAGCAUGACGUCAUUGGUGCCACAGCUCAAGCUGCGGCUGCUGCGGAAGAGGAAGAGCGUGGUGUUGGGGGAAGAAGAUCUGCGACAGCUGAUAGUCCACUGUCCAUGCCUGGUGGCUGACCUGAUUCGGGAGCCGGUCGCGUUCAGGGCCAUUGUAUCUUCUCUAUGGCGGCGCGGCGCAAACUCCGAUGCUGUGGCGGCUCAUCCGGCGGCUGGUGGAGGAGUGUGCACGCAUCGCCGCUGCUGGCAUGAAGUGGAAACGGAGGACACGACUACAACACGCGGUCUGAUAGUCGCACAUCCGUAUGGUCGCCCGGUGGUUUUUUAUCCGUUCAGGACACGUACCAGUACGACAUGCACAUCCAGUCGAUCCUACGAUUGCCUUCAGAUCACGCAGUUAACAGGUAAAUGGAUGGAUUGGGUGAACUGCAUAGACCGGUUUGGCCGGAGGCAGCCAGCAGCGGCAGCAGCAGCAGCAGUAACAGCACAGCAAAACAUCAAAGGCGUGGUUGGACGGGGCAUGUUGCCCUCGGGACGCGCGAGGGACUCGUUGCUGGGCCUGGACGUGCCUCAGAAUGCUGAAGGCUUUGCGACUGUGGGGCGGUUGAAGACGAGAUGCAUGCUCGUGUGGAAUGCCCGGCGUACACUACUACGCGGGCUAAGUACGAACGUGAACUCGCGUUUCAAGGGCGCGACAUGCGCAUGA